CAAGGAUCGUCAUUGGCAGUGUAGAUUGACGCCAGCCCAAAAUAUGUAAGCCUAGGGUAGUAAUGCCGCGAAACAAGGCCAACAAAAAGUACCCUUGCACUGACUGCGGUAUUUUGCUUUGCAUCUUCGUCACGUCACUCGACGUGCGGACAUCGUCUCAUCUGGGCAUCUGCCAGAAAUUACAUAGUAGAAUCGAAUCAGAUUCCGUGGCUGCGCCGCACGAGAUGUCUCCGCUGUCACCGUGCACUACUGUAGAGUAUGCUCGACAAUCAUGGCUUGUUCUGUUUUUAUAAUCAUCUCGUCCCCUUCGAGCGGAUGCUUCUUUCAAUCCCUCCCGACGUGUUAUAGCAAUCUACCACCUGUAGUUCGGCUACAUGCAUUGCCCAGAUUAUCCUAGCCAGAGCUGCCUAUUGCCAUGUUAUGUAAUCCUCGCCUUGUGCUUGGCUCGACUUUUCAGCUACGAGUGCCAAUCAUAUGAAGGUCUAUCCUCCUCUCCUUCAUACCGUACGUCGUUCACAGGUAAGAUCACUGCCGCCGAAGCUCCAGUCAGCAUCCAGUGUCCUGUACUCGCUUGUGAGGCGGACAAACUCGAGCUAAGUUCGUCGGUGGUAACACUACACCACAAAGAGGUAAGAUGAAGGACAGAUUGGGGCAUGAUAAGCGUAGGUUGCCAACUCACUCACCAAGCCCUCCCUAGCUAGGUAGGUAAUACGGUAGUAGGUAGAUAAGAUAAUAUGUACACUAACAUAUGCCAACAAAGUCGGCGCGGCUUCACUUUGUCUGAUUGUAGACUGGCCGAAGGAUUGUGACACCUGGUAUAGCGUGCACUUGGUUUCGGCGAGAUACGAUGAUUACGAAUUACUUCUGUCGCCCUGGAUGAGCUCUGGUACAAUGACUAGCAGAAUGCCUUAGUCAUACCUAUUUUCAUUUGCACGAGUGAUUAUAUGAAUAGUCGCCCCAGAGCUCCUUGUAACGCAGACUCAGUCAUCGCCCAUCCCUUGUUGAUGUCAAGGUUGGUCAAACACUUGGCGCCCUACUACCAUACAGCCACGCUAUGAUCUAGACUUCAGACGAC